CACUGGACAGCAGCAAUAUGCUUGAAUUUAUAUUUGGAACUGACCCGGUAGUUGUCACCUCUAAUGAACUGGUAAGUGUGAUCGAAUACUUUUACGAAGAGGAUGGAGACCCAUAUGGAGACCCAUUUAUGACAACUGUCCAAAGUGUCACACAGUUCAGAAACUCAUACAGCUUUAUGACAGGGACAAUAAAUGGAAAUUUCAUUAACAGAAAUGUGACAAUUGUUAUCACAUUAAAGAAAACUUACACCAAUCAAUUGUUGAUACAUAACAAAGGAGGACAGAUUGUAAAGACAGUCGUAAUUAAUACCAAACAAGUUGAAGACUAUCAGCUAUUGGUUAUGAAUAUUAGCUACGACGAGUUCUAUACAAUAAGACAUCCUGAUAAUAAAGAGUUUGGGCUUCUGAUCUAUGGACUUCCACAUGAAUAUAUUGGAUACGGUUACCCCGUAGCAAUGAGCUUCAGUAAGAGUGUAGAUACUUCAGUUGAUGAUAUAUGGUGUUUUGACUGCAUUGACAUGAGCCAUUUGAAAUAUUGCGACAAAGUAACAAAGUGCUCAUCCAGAGACCAGGUUUGUUUUGUUCAGAGUUACAUGAGAAGUCUAGAUGUAAAACUAUACAGAUCGGGAUGCAUCGACAAGAAGGGCUGUAAUUCUUAUGGACAAUCAAGUUGCGUAACAUGUUGUAACGAUAGUUUCUGCAAUACACAAGGAUGUGGAGAUAAUGGUAUACAUGACAUUCAAAAUCGGGGUCCAAUGUGCUUUGACUGUAACCAUCGGGGAGAAAAAGACUCGUGUCGAACACUGCAGUUCUGUGCCCCAGACGAGGUAUAAGCAUAUUCCUGAUAAUCAGAAUCGUGACAGAAAAAGACUCGGGUUAUAAUUAUAUUAUGUGUUUAAGUUCUACAAUACUUGGCAUCCGCCCCUUUUUAUUCAUAUUUCUAUAUAUUAGACUUAUGUACAUCAUAUACAGUGUGUACAUCAUAAAAAAAUCCUAAUGAGAAAAUGUACUUUUUGCCUUUUAUAAUGUACAGCUUCUUAAACUGUCCGUGGAUUACUACGUAGAAUAUGCACUAUUUUGUGAUAAUAUCAUGUCCAGCGUAGAUAGGAAAUGUCAUCUACUAAGAGUAGACAAAUUUUCUGUCAUUGAAAGAUAUUUUUUUUUUUACUUUCAACUUUGAGUUGUCCUUAAAUUUGCAAUUGCUUGAAAUCUGCAUUUCAUUCGCUGCUGAUAUUACUGCAAAAAAUAAUUAUGUUA